AUGAUAGUAAAGCGGUUGUGCUUUAGGGGCUUAGCUCAAAUAUAUGAUCAAUUUGUACACCAUUGGCGUGAUGCGCUAAAAGUUCUGGUACCAGCAGUUGUCUACACGAUCCAGAAUUUCCUACUUUAUGUUGCAGUGGAGAAUCUACCGGCUGCUACUUAUAUGGUCACGUAUCAACUGAAAAUUCUUACGACAGCCGUAUUCACAGUGUUAGUGUUAGGUCGAAAACUAUCUAUUCAGCAAGAUCAGAAAAUGUCAAAUGAUCGAGAGAAGGCUGAACGAUUAGCUGCAGCGAUGGCUAACGACAUUUCGACAACUGCCAUGCCAACUAUUGAAGACGCUUUCACAAAGCUUAUGGAUUCUACACCAGAGAUGUUUAACGAUACAACGCUCGCACCAGCUGCAUUGGAUGAGAUAGCACGUCCCAAGCGUGAAGUGAAAGACAACAGCGUCAUAUUUGCCGAUGGUAUUGCUCCAGAGGCCGUAUGGGGUCGUAUGCUGUUUGGAUUCGAUUGGGCUGUAUGGGUUACGAUCGCCAUCUCGGCGUUCGGAGGUCUCGUAGUCGCCGUUGUCAUCAAAUUCGCCGAUAAUAUCUUGAAAGCUUUCGCUACCUCAUUUGCAAUUGUGUUGAAUUGCAUUCUCGCAUAUUUUCUCUUCAACUUCCGGCCAACGAUGUUCUUCGUGGUGGGCGCGUGUUUCGUCAUAGGAGCUGUAUUCGUUUACAGUAUCUAUCCGUAUCGGGUUCGCAGUGAGCCUCGCCCGACUGCCGAGGAAAUGACGGCAUUGAAGGAAAGUAAUGAGAAGGAAGCGGUCUAA